AUUCCCUGCCACUUGCUAAUGCUUGCAGGGAAGAUGCAGGCAAAGUGAGAGGGAGAGCGUUGGGGAGGAAGAGCAGACGAGGGGAGAAGAGGAAGGAGGAAGGGAGAACGCUGUGUGGACCAAGAGCAAGGGCUGAAGGAGGUAGGAGGAGGAGCAAGCAUCUGCUAGUUGGCACGACAAGACGCCAAACGUGUGUUGGAGGAGGCAGGCACAAAGGCGACGCACUCGUUAGGAAAGCUCCAUUGCGACGGAUACCCAUGGACGCUGGAUAUCGCACAGGGCUUGGCCACCCAUAUACUCGGCAGUACUUCAACCCCAUCGAGACCGGCGCCGCCAACGUACACUUGAACCCGUGGUUGCUCCUCCUAGCACUAAUCCUGAUCUAUAUCUGGUGGAAGACAAUGAUAAGUGGGAGCUCGCUGCUUGGAAGACAAGCAGCGCAAGCUACUUCUGGUACAGAGAUGCACCCUAGCGGCUAUGGAUCGAGGGGUUAUACGCGAUUAUGAUAGAUCGACAAUAGAGUGUAGAAACAUGUUCCUUUGUAGCUCUUGAGGAUUUUGCCACGGAUGGGAUUAUGCAGACAGUCUAACUGGGCAUGAUCAUGUUCGAUGUGACAAAGUUUAAGACAGGAUUGAUUGGCAAAUACAAGUCUUUGUAAUAGCUUUUGAUACAAAUCAACUCUGUGCAAUC